AUGCCGGGGGGCAAGAGAGGGCUGGUGGCACCGCAGAACACAUUUUUGGAGAACAUCGUCAGGCGCUCAAGUGAAUCAAGUUUCUUGCUGGGAAAUGCCCAGAUUGUGGAUUGGCCUGUAGUUUAUAGUAAUGACGGUUUUUGUAAACUCUCUGGCUAUCAUCGAGCUGACGUCAUGCAGAAAAGCAGCACUUGCAGUUUUAUGUAUGGGGAAUUGACUGACAAGAAGACCAUUGAGAAAGUCAGGCAGACUUUUGACAAUUAUGAGUCAAAUUGCUUUGAAGUUCUUCUGUACAAGAAAAACAGAACCCCUGUUUGGUUUUAUAUGCAAAUUGCACCAAUAAGAAAUGAACAUGAAAAGGUGGUCUUGUUCCUGUGCACUUUCAAGGAUAUUACGUUGUUCAAACAGCCAAUAGAAGAUGAUUCAACAAAAGGACUGGAAUACAAAGUGUGCAAAAAAGAAGUGACAGGAUUUGGAUAUGGAACAAAGCUUUGGGCCAAGAUAUACCAAAGUGAAGAGGUUAAAUGUUAUCCUGCUUACCUCUGGGAACUGAUUAAGAGUUUGAAAAGGGAGAAAGGCAUGGUUCUUCAGCUGGGAUCAGAUAUUCUUCCUCAGUAUAAGCAAGAAGCGCCAAAGACACCACCACACAUUAUUUUACACUAUUGUGCUUUUAAAACGACUUGGGAUUGGGUGAUUUUAAUUCUUACCUUCUACACCGCCAUUAUGGUUCCUUAUAAUGUUUCCUUCAAAACGAAACAGAACAACAUAGCCUGGCUGGUGCUGGACAGUGUGGUGGAUGUUAUUUUUCUGGUUGACAUCGUUUUAAAUUUUCACACGACCUUUGUGGGGCCCGGUGGUGAGGUCAUUUCUGACCCCAAGCUCAUAAGGAUGAACUAUCUGAAAACUUGGUUUGUGAUCGAUCUGCUGUCUUGUUUACCUUAUGACAUCAUCAAUGCCUUUGAAAAUGUGGAUGAGGGUAUCAGCAGUCUCUUUAGUUCUUUGAAAGUGGUGCGCCUUUUACGACUGGGUCGUGUUGCUAGGAAACUGGAUCAUUACUUAGAGUAUGGAGCAGCAGUCCUCGUGCUCCUGGUCUGUGUGUUUGGACUGGUUGCCCACUGGCUGGCCUGCAUAUGGUACAGCAUUGGAGACUAUGAGGUCAUUGAUGAAGUAACCAACACCAUCCAAAUAGACAGUUGGCUGUACCAGCUGGCCUUGAGCAUUGGGACUCCGUAUCGAUACAAUACCAGUGCAGGGAUAUGGGAAGGAGGACCCAGCAAGGACUCACUCUACGUCUCCUCUCUCUACUUUACCAUGACAAGCCUUACAACCAUAGGAUUUGGAAACAUAGCUCCUACCACAGAUGUGGAGAAGAUGUUUUCGGUAGCCAUGAUGAUGGUUGGCUCUCUUCUUUAUGCAACUAUUUUUGGAAAUGUUACCACAAUUUUCCAGCAAAUGUAUGCCAACACCAACCGGUAUCAUGAGAUGCUGAAUAAUGUACGGGACUUUCUGAAACUCUAUCAGGUCCCAAAAGGCCUUAGUGAGCGAGUCAUGGAUUAUAUUGUCUCAACAUGGUCCAUGUCAAAAGGCAUUGACACAGAGAAGGUCCUCUCCAUCUGUCCCAAGGACAUGAGAGCUGAUAUCUGUGUUCAUCUAAACCGGAAGGUUUUUAAUGAACAUCCUGCUUUUCGAUUGGCCAGCGAUGGGUGUCUGCGCGCCUUGGCAGUAGAGUUCCAAACCAUUCACUGUGCUCCCGGGGACCUCAUAUACCAUGCUGGAGAAAGUGUGGAUGCCCUCUGUUUUGUGGUGUCGGGAUCCUUGGAAGUCAUCCAGGAUGAUGAGGUGGUGGCUAUUUUAGGGAAAGGUGAUGUAUUUGGAGACAUCUUCUGGAAGGAAACCACCCUUGCUCAUGCUUGUGCCAAUGUCCGGGCACUGACAUACUGUGAUCUUCACAUCAUCAAGCGGGAAGCCUUGCUCAAAGUCCUGGAUUUUUAUACAGCUUUUGCAAACUCAUUCUCAAGGAAUCUCACUCUUACUUGCAAUCUAAGGAAACGGAUCAUUUUCCGUAAGAUCAGUGAUGUGAAGAAGGAGGAGGAGGAGCGUCUCAGGCAAAAGAACGAGGUAACCCUCAGCAUCCCUGUGGACCACCCAGUUAGAAAGCUCUUCCAGAAGUUCAAGCAGCAGAAGGAGCUGCGGAAUCAGGGAUCCACGCAGAGUGACCCUGAGCGGAAUCAACUCCAGGUGGAAAGCCGUUCCUUACAGAACGGAGCCUCCAUCACUGGCACAAGUGUGGUCACUGUGUCACAGAUCACACCAAUCCAGACAUCUCUGGCUUAUGUGAAAACCAGCGAAUCUCUCAAGCAAAACAACCGUGAUGCCAUGGAACUCAAGCCCAAUGGUGGUGCUGACCAAAAAUGUCUCAAAGUCAACAGCCCAAUGAGAAUGAAAAACGGAAAUGGAAAAGGGUGGCUGAGACUCAAGAAUAAUAUGGGAGCCCAUGAGGAGAAAAAGGAAGACUGGAAUAAUGUCAUGAAAGCUGAGUCCAUGGGGCUAUUGUCAGAGGACCCCAAGGGUAGUGAUUCAGAAAACAGUGUGACCAAAAACCCAUUAAGGAAAACAGAUUCUUGUGACAGUGGAAUUACAAAAAGUGACCUUCGUUUGGAUAAGGCUGGCGAGGCACGAAGUCCACUCGAGCACAGUCCCAGUCAGGCUGAUGCCAAGCACCCCUUUUAUCCCAUCCCUGAGCAGGCCUUACAAACCACUCUGCAGGAAGUCAAACAUGAACUCAAAGAGGACAUCCAGCUGCUAAGCUGCAGAAUGACUGCCCUGGAAAAGCAGGUGGCAGAAAUUUUAAAAAUACUCUCAGAAAAAAGCGUGCCCCAGACCUCUUCUCCCAAAUCCCAAAUGCCACUCCAAGUACCUCCCCAGAUACCAUGCCAGGAUAUUUUUAGUGUUUCAAGGCCUGAGUCACCUGAAUCUGACAAAGAUGAAAUCCACUUUUAA